UCUGUCCCCCCCCCCCACACACACACACACACACACGCGCACACACACACACACACACACACACACACACACACACACACACACACACACACACACACACACACACACACACACACACACACACACACACACACACACACACACACACACACACACACACACACACACACACACAUCCAUUAAUCAAGAGGGAUAGAAGACUCUUCAUGCUGACAGCCUACUUCCUCAUUCUCCAGACACGUCUGUUUACGUUCUAUUUUCAGAUCCCACCGACUAUCCCAAACAACCAGCAAUGAUUUACCUUUCAACCAAUGCCAAAUAAAGUGUACAAACAAUAAAACAUAACAAUUCAAACGAUACAGAGAGAGAGAGGAAGCCACCAAUCUGAAGGUACCCUUGCGCGCACACACACGCACACGCACACACACACACACACACACACACACACACACACACACACACACACACACACACACACACACACACACACACACACACACACACACACACACACACACACACAGUGACUACACGAGUGAUACGUAAAUGGCAGCAAAGCAAAGUCCAGUAUAAAAGUGCAAAUUAAAAAACGUCUGUAUAUCAGAAAGGGCAAUUAACAUGUCCCAAAUACGGCAAACAAACAAGAAGGAACUGCUUGUAAAUGUUGAGUUAAAAUGCGUCGUUGUUCAGAGCAGAGCAGCUGACCCCUAGAGCAGCUAUAGCCUAUCGGAUGAACGGAGGAGGCACAUGUGUGUCUGAACAGCGAGCAGCCCGUCGAUGGAUUCAACAGCAAAAUACUUUUUGGGUUUUUGAAAAGCAUCUGUUAUAAGACCAAAUUCAGCAAUGAUUUAAUGAAGUGCAUCUUGCACUUUGAACGUUUGUUGAAAACAGCUUUAAACUUUACUGCAGCCCAGGUUCGUGUCAUCAAAAGUAUCUUUAAGCCUGCAGACGUCAACUCGUGUAGGGAAAGCGCGUUUAAAUCUUGAGAAGAUAUUUCAAAUUGAUGAAGAACUAAUGUACAUUUUGGGGAGUGGUCCAUGUCAUUACUCGAUGCGGACUCCUCGCGGUUUGGCGCUUUUUGCGGUUCUUCUGGAUCUCCAUCUGCACCAGGCGAACGCCAUCCCUGCUGAGUGUGACCCUAACUACGUCCUUAUUGAAGAUGAAAUCAAAUGUAUGGAACUGCUGAAGAUCAACAGGAGUUCACAUAAUGUUGGGCAGGAAGAGUGCAGGGGCCUCUGGGACGAUGUGAGCUGCUGGCCCCAUGCGGUGGAGGGGGAGGUGGUGUCUGUCCCCUGCCCAACCUUCCUGCAAACCACAGGGAGAGUUUAUAAGAACUGUACGGAGUCCGGCUGGAGUGAAUCCUACCCCCCCCACGAGAUAGCGUGUGACUACGGCUUCAAUGGAAGCUUCUCUAUCGAGACGGCGGUGUCGCCGCGGUACUUCCUGUAUGUCAGGAUCAUGUACUCCGUGGGCUAUGCCGCUUCCCUCGUCUCCCUGGUCGUUGCCGUGACGAUUCUCUGUCUCUUCAGGAGACUUCACUGCACUCGUAACCUGGUCCACAUCCAGCUCUUCCUCUCCUUCAUCCUGCGUUCCACCCUCAUCUUCGUCAGAGACCUGCUGCUCUUUACCUCCCAGGACCACUUCCACUGCGGCGUUUACCCGAUAAGCUGUAAGAUUGCCACAGCCCUCUCCAACUACAGCAUCAUGGCCAACUACAGCUGGCUGCUGGCCGAGGGACACUACCUGUACAGCCUGGUCAGCGUCUCGCUCUUCUCCCGCCGCAGACACCUGGGCUGGUACAUCGCCCUCGGCUGGGGCGCUCCGGCGGUGGUGCUGGUGGCCUGGUGUGGCUCCCGGUGUUACUUUGAGGACGAAGGGUGCUGGGAGACGCGGCGGGUGGAGUGGAUCUGGUGGAUCCUCAGAGCUCCCGUUCUGCUGUUCAUCAUCGUGAACUUGUCGUUCUUCCUCUGCAUCAUGAGAAUACUGGUGGCCAAGCUGAGAACACAAGACAUGCCCGGCAAUGAGUUCAACCAUUACAGGAAGCUUGCCAAGUCCUCAUUCCUGCUGGUGUCCCUGUUUGGUCUUCACUACAUACUCUUCGCCUUUGUGCCGGAUAAAGUCAACAACACGUCGGUGGAAAUAUGGAACUUUAUUGAGUUAGCCUUCGCUUCAACUCAGGGGUUCGUGGUUGCCAUUUUGUACUGUUUCCUAAAUGGGGAGGUGAAGAGUGAGAUGAGGCGGAGGUGGGGAAGGUGGAGGCUGAUGCAGGGCCUCCAGGGGCAGAGGCAGCGGGGGUCCAUGAGUCAGAGUGGGGGGGCCACCACCAACGUCUCCCUGCUGCAACGGGGACCCACCACGCCCCCGCCAAGCCUGGAGAAGUGAUGGACCAACACACACACACACACUGACAUGCUCUCUAUCGCUCUCUCUCACACACACACACACACACACACACACACACACACACACACACACACACACACACACACACACACACACACACACACACACACGCGCGCGCGUUCGACAUGUAACAACAGUCCAGCCGCCUGUUUAAUUAAAUUAAUAAUAAUAAUAAAUUAGAUCUAUAUAAUGCUUUUAUUAAAAACAAAGAUGCUUUACCCUGAGUGGCGGUGGUUUUCAAGCAGAAAACAGGCAGAAAGCACAAACACACGGGGGUGGGGGGGCGGGAGAAUCUAUCCCAGAGGUCAAAAGGCGGAGGGAACAAUUCCAUGGGACAGUCUCAUCUCUCAUCAUCUCAUCUUCGUCCGCUUAUCCGGGGUCGGGUCGCGGGGGGAGCGGCUCAAGCAGGGGGCCCCAGACAUCCCUUUCCCGGGCCACAUUGACCAGCUCUGACGGGGGGGAUCCCGAGGCGUUCCCAGGCCAGUGUUGAGAUGUAAUCUCUCCACCUAGUCCUGGGUCUUCCCCGAGGUCUCCUCCCCACUGGACGUGCCUGAAACACCUCCCAAGGGAGGCGCCCAGUGGGCAUCCUUACCAGAUGCCCGAACCACCUCAGCUGACUCCUUUCUAAGCAAAGGAGCAGCGGCUCUAAUCCGAGUUCCUCACGGAUGGCUGACCUUCUCACCCUAUCCCUAAGGGAGACGCCAGCCACCCUUCUGAGAAAACUCAUCUCGGCCGCUUGUACCCGCGAUCUCGUCCUUUCGGUCAUCACCCAACCCUCAUGACCAUAGGUGAGGAUAGGAACGAAGAUCGACCGGUAGAUCGAGAGCUUUGCCUUGCGGCUCAGCUCUCUUUUCGUUACAACCUCCAUGGGACAGUGAGGAUUUGAAAAGUUUUGAGAGGUAGGGGCACAGGAAGGCAAGACUACAGCAGGGCGGUGGGGAGAUGGUCAAGGGAGCAUGUAGCUGGUUUGUAAGAGCUGAUGAGUAUAUAAAUGAUGGAGGCGGCGAUGGGGGGGAAGGGUAGGAGGUCAAGCCAGAUUGAGAGGACAGAGACAGGAGGGGCUGAUGUCUCUAACACAGACGACAGUGAUUUGUUAAUAGUGGUGAUCACCAAAGUAUUGAAGGAAGCUAUUGCAAGGUUGAGGUUGGAGAGGGCGUGGGCACUGGCUUUAGUUGGUUGUUCACAAAGAGGCUCUGGGGGUAGGCUUGAUGUCAUUGAUGAUGGUGGAAAAAAAGGCAGACUUGGUGGUGUAACCACCACCAAGUCUGCCUUUUUUUCCAGGGGUAUCUUUGGAAGUGGAGAGGUGGAGUUCACAGGCUUCAUGGUGGCAGUGAAGGAUGGCUACUUGUUGAGUCGUUCCGCUUGGUGAUCAGUAGGUUAUUUCUCUGAGGAGUUGUGGACGAGAAUUUGGGGAUGGAACUGGAGGGGAAUUUGAGUACCGGUAGAUUGACAGAGAAAAAUAGGUCAACGAUAUGAUCUUUAACAAGGGUGGGGAAAGUGACACGUGGGGUGAGCUUAGAAGUGCCGGGUAGACAGGUGGGAGAAAGGAGACCUGGGCACACACCUUCUGAUGCUUGCUGACCUUUAGUAUCUCAGUUGGUUAUGAUUUUCUUUUCCUUGUUUCAAUGUUUUUCACAUGCUGUAUUGCCUUAUCAACCUAGUUUCAGUUGGAAACGCUCUACUGCCCCCUUGUGGAGCCCACAUGUUAACUCAGGGGACAGUAUAAAUGCAGGCAGCUCUGUGUAGAUCUGUGUUGUGUCUCAGUCUUGAUGUGGAUCUUCGCAAAUGUGCUCUAUGGAGAAUUCAUCCAUAAAUCCAGGUGAACUAGAACAUUUUAAGGUGGUUUAAGAACUGUUGACAAAUACACACACUGAGGGAGGGAAUACACAUGAUAUAAAAGGGGAACAUAUUUCACACAUGAUCAAUGUGUGGCUACUCCCAGUUCAGGAACAAAUAAAAGGAUGGCGAUGUUUGUAUUCGCUGAUAUAAUACUCAACCAAGUGUAUAUAUGCAUUAAUAGAAGUGUAAAACAUACAAGCAUUGAAACUGGUGUACAUAAACACCCUUGGGUGUCUAAUAGUUAUCAAGUCAUCAAGUCAAAUACUUAUAACUACAUCUUCAAAGUUCCACUCAAUUAUUUUUUAAAUCACAUGUUAAAGUUUUGCCUUAUUUAUUGUAUUAGACAAAUUUAUAUUGUGCCAUCUAUUUUACAGAUAGGCCUGUACAUUGGUACUCAUUAAAUAAUGUUGUUUGAGUAGAAUUGUAUAUCUCAGCUUGGUGAGCAUUCUUCGCCUUCACUUAAAAUCACUGCUUCACUUGGCCACCUCAGUGAAUUUAAUCACCUCAACCAUGUUGCUCAACAAAUGUAUUUGUCACUUCCUUCUUUUUGAUUGUCUAAUACAUUUUAUUAAUGUUUUGAUGAUAAUUCACUUGAUGAGAAAGUGUUUCCUACUAACAACCUGAAGAAAUGGAACAGUUUGGAAUAAAUAAGAGGCCUACAAUGUUCGUUAUAUCAACUAAAGAAAAUUUAAACUAGAUUGAAACCACUUUAUUUUUUUAACUAGGUGGAUGCUUAACCUUUACCCAGUGUUAUGUGACGGCUGUGGCCACCUGCCAAACCGUUGAAGAAACUGAAAUCGUGUAGACUAUAUGCAAAUCCCCAGAGCAGAAAGAAACACAAACAUUUGUCAAUUCCCUACACAAACACAGUCCUGGUAUGUUUUGCAGUUCCCGUUUAGAAUAAAAGUACACAAACACAAAAACAAGUGAAACUUUUGGUUAAGAAAAGUUUGCCUUUAUAUUAUUACAGGUGGUCCUUCAUCAAGAAGCAAAAGUCAUUUCGAUACGAUAUGCAGUUACUUGAUGUCAGAACUGAUUCAGUCUAGUAGCCUAAUCUGUUAUUCUCUCUACCUCCUCAAAAUCUCUACAAGACUUCUGUUGGUCCUUUUGGCACUCACAUGCAGUGCAGUAGUCCACUGGCAGAGGGCCCUCCUCCUUCAGGGUUUAAGGCAUUUUGAGGAGUGUAGAUCACCUAGCUAGAUUAGUCCAGUCGAUCUGUGCUCAUGCUUCACUUUUGAUUCCAUAC